AUGAUGAUGACGUGCCGUCUGCUGUGCGCCCUGUUGGUGCUUGCCCUGUGCUGCUGCCCGUCCGUGUGCGUUUCAGAAAUUCAGCCUGCCGCUUCUUCACAGACGAAUACAACACCGGUACCAACUAAGCCUGAAUCUCCUGAAGCCGUCAACGGUCAAUCGACUCCUGCAACAGAGGGAGCACCACAGGGGACCGGUCAGCCAGGGAUGCAAAGUAACGGGUCCGCUGAGCAACCGCGAAAUAAUGCCGGAUAUGGAGGAAGUCCGACCGUUACGGUACCGCAAGUAAAUGCCGAGCCCAUUGAGGUACAGACAGACGAUAAGGACAGUAAGACAGAGACGACGCGUAGCACGAGUACGUCCUCAGGAAAAAUAGUUAAGGAAGCGGAAGACACGUCAGGGACAAAACCACCAACCACGACGACGACCACAACAAAACCACCGACUACAACAAAGGCACCAACCACGACGACCACCACCACUGCGCCAGAGGCACCAAGUACUACGACUACAGAGGCGCCAGCUGUGUCGACCACCCGCACACCGUCACGUCUUCGCGAAAUCGACGGCAGCCUCAGCAGCUCUGCGUGGGUGUGUGCCCCGCUGGUGCUUGCCGCAUCCGCGCUGGCGUACACCACUCUGGGCUGA